AUAAUAAAAAAUAAAGUUAUACUUUGAAGGCCAUCAAGUCAGAAAGUUGAGCCUUGUAUUUAUGAAACAUAAUGAUUGCAAAUAUGUGAGCUUGUAAAACACAAUAUUUUACCUGCAACUAUCAAGGCAGACCAGAGUGAGGGCAGAUUUGAACAAAAAAAAACUUUGAAAUGUUUAUUUAAAAAAAAUUUAAAACCAUAUGCUGACAGUUCUAUAAUAUGUUAUAUAAUGAUUCCCCGCUCUGGGGAUAUUCUGGUGUUGAUUAAGGUUGAAAAAUUAUAAUAAUUAGAUAAAUGUCCAACAAAUAAGACAAAAUUCGCCACCUAGCGUAAACUGCCCUCUCCCUAAGGGACUAUUUCACAGUUUUGCUCUCUUCUUCUUUUUCUUCUUCUUCGUCCUUGGGUUGACUGGAAUUACUUUUUUCCCAGAACACAAAGGGAUUGUGCUUUUUUUCGCCAAUGUCCACUCAGGGCCUCUGUACAUUUGAGGGUGAAGCAGGUUGCUGUUUGUCAAUUUAUAUUUAUUAAAUUGGUAUGCAAGGAAGGUACGGAUGGAAGUGAUGCACUGUAUUUCAUAUUGAAGAAAACAGAAAAUAAGUAAUUGUUAUAUUGCUACACAGUCAUGGAUGGUACGGUUCACAUUUCUAUAAGAGACAGUAUUCUGAGCUGUUGUGGAGAGUAGAUGGUGGAGAUCAGACAUAAUGGUGUGCUAAAAUGGAGGGAACAGUCUGGGUGAGUCUCUGGAGACGGGUGAGAGGGAGAGGACAAGGUGAAGGGUCGUGGCCACAACUACAGGGAAACGGUCCAGCUGUCUCUUUAAAAAACGACAACAGCCCAAACUGCCCUCGGCCUCAGCCUUGGCUAUGCUAAUGAGGUUAGUGCUGGUUGGCUGGCCCUCAAUGAAGCUGAUUGGUGAUUGGAGGCUGUGCGUGGGGGAGGGGCUGGGCGUGGAUGACAGCUGGGAUCCAGCCAGCCAAGAGCAGGCUGACAGAGAGAGAGGGAGAAAAAAAAGAGCGAUAGAGGGAGAGCAAGGGGAGAGAGAGAGAGAGGAAGACAGGCUCACAGACUUCAUAAUGCAAGGUAUCCGACCCCCCAUCCUGAACGGGCCAAUGCACCCACGGCCCCUGGUUGCCCUGCUGGACGGGCGCGACUGCACUGUGGAAAUGCCCAUUUUAAAAGAUGUGGCUACAGUGGCCUUCUGCGAUGCCCAGUCCACACAAGAGAUUCAUGAGAAGGUGCUCAAUGAGGCAGUUGCUGCCCUGCUCUACCACACCAUCACUCUGUCUAGAGAUGACUUGGAAAAGUUUAAAGGCCUUCGUGUUAUUGUCAGAAUUGGCUCAGGCUUCGACAACGUUGACAUCAAAGCAGCUGCCGAGCUAGGCAUUGCAGUCUGUAACGUGCCAGCAUCGUCUGUGGAGGAGACAGCCGACACUUCGCUAUGUCUGAUCCUCAACCUGUACAGGCGAGUCACCUGGAUGCACCAGGCCCUCAGGGAGGGAACCCGUGCCUCCAGUGUGGAGCAGAUCAGGGAGGUAGCUGGUGGUGCUGCUCGAAUCCGGGGUGAAACGCUGGGCAUUAUCGGUCUAGGACGUGUUGGCCAAGCAGUGGCUCUGCGGGCUAAGGCCUUUGGAUUUGGCGUGAUUUUUUAUGACCCUUACCUGCCUGAUGGUGUGGAGCGUUCACUGGGCCUGCAGCGCAUGGCCACUCUGCAGGACCUUCUUAUCCACUCUGACUGCGUAUCCCUGCACUGCAGCCUCAACGAGCACAACCACCACCUCAUUAAUGACUUCACCAUCAAACAGAUGCGUCAGGGAGCCUUCCUGGUGAACACGUCAAGAGGUGGUCUGGUUGACGAGAAAGCAUUGGCUCAGGCCUUGAAAGAGGGCCGGAUACGAGGGGCUGCCCUGGACGUCCAUGAGACGGAACCUUUCAGUUUUUCAACAGGCCCUCUGAAGGAUGCCCCCAAUUUAAUCUGUACCCCGCACACAUCCUGGUACAGUGAGCAGGCCUCCGUAGAGGCUCGCGAGGAGGCAGCCAGGGAGGUUCGCCGCGCCAUCACUGGGCGAAUCCCAGAUAGUCUGAAGAACUGCGUUAAUAAGGAGUAUCUGAUGGCAGCCUCUCAGUGGCCCAGUAUGGAGGCAGCCACUGUUCACCCAGAACUUAAUGGAGCCACUUACAGAUUUCCUCCAGGUCUGAUCAAUGUUGCAGUAGCAGGGGGUCUCCCAGGAGCUGGUGCAGGGGUUGAAAGCCUCGUUUCAGGAACCCUGCCACACGGCAUCACCCCUGUCUCCCACCCCCCUCACGCCCCUUCCCCUAAUAAGGUCGAAGCCGACAGAGACAUCCCCUCUGACCAAUAGCCCCCCCUGCUGCCACCAGCACAUUCCGUCGCCUCUGGAAACCCCCCAGCAUCAGACACAGCCCGCCCCUCCAGUACAUCGGCAGCACCAGUUUGACCUGAUGUGGAUCUACACAGUCUUGUUCCUCAGAUCACAUAACCAGCCCAGGAGUGACCUAUCCACAGCUAGCCCCAUCCCACCAACACCCUCAGAACACACGCACCACACACACAUACACACACACACACACAUACAUACAUACAUACAUACAUACAUACAUACAUACAUACAUACAUACACACACACACACACACACACACACACACACACACACACACACACACACACACACACACACACACACACACACACACACACACACCCCUCCAUCCCUGUCAUCCUUUCACCCACCCACCUGCCAUCCCCCUCUCCCUUUCACUCCCCCACAAUUUCAGCAAUAACUGUGUUCUCAAAGAUUCAAUGAUUGGAUUGGUUUAUAUCCUUAGUUGGCUGUUGUUUUAAUGGAAAGUUGACCUGUUGUAGUUCUAGGUGUUAAUGUUUUUUUGUUUAAAAAAAAAAAAAAAAAAAAAAAAGAUGAAAAAAAAAAUUGAUAUAGCAUUUCUGACAUGAGGCUUUACAGUCUAUUGCCUCCUGCAGUCCUCCUCUGACCGACCAGUAGAGGCAGAAAGGUUGAAGCCCCCCCUUUGUACAUUAAUGGCUCAUGUUACUGCUCUCUUCUUCUUUUUCUCUUUUUUUCUCCCCCCCUCCACUUUUCUUGUGAUGGGGGCAAAUGUGUACUAAAGUAAACCAGACAGAAUCGCAAACCGUACAUCCUGUCCUCCCCACCAGGCGUCUAGCGACCCCUCGGCUCUGUUUGGCCCUUAGCUCUCCUUGGCACUGUUGUCCUCUGGCUCAGCAGAGGGAUCUGUAAUGCAGUCAGUGUGGAGCUCUAUCAGACUGUAACGUUUUUGUAUCUGCUCAGCUCAUACGCCAUAUGGUGAUACCCAACAUCCUUUGCCACCUUUUACUGCUGUGACCGUCUAGUUUUAGGACAGUCAACGCUGUAUUUACACAUGCUUUGCCCCUUAUGAAUUGUUUUGUCAUGAGAUGAUAGCGUUAUAUCAGAGAGCGCCUGGGCAUGAAUUUCAUCUCAUGCUGGAGUGCUAUGUGAGGUCUUCACACAGUUUGCCCACAAAGAAUCGAAUGCAGCAGAUUGUUCUGGCUGUAAAAACAAGAGCUUGCCAGAAGCUUCGCCAGCAGAGGGCGCUGUCUGACUGCUCGGAGCUGUGUGCUGAGAGUUGCACACAGCUACUUUCAGUCACGGUUAGCUGUAGUGAUGGAAAAACAUGAUCACACACUGCCAACAUUCAGAACACAGGACAGGUGACCAGGGAUCGAUUACCGCCUUAUUGUUUUAUAAGAAAUCACUGCAUCCCACCACCACCCUGCAAAACCCACCCACCCACCCUCCACUCUUCUCACACGGUCAUGGCCCACCCUACUCAUCUGCUCAUGAACCAGUAUGCAUCCACCAAUUCCUUUUACGCGUGAGGGAACCAUAGAGUUUAGUUUCCCUGUAGGAGCAAGGGGACAGUGUUCUUGCAUGCUGGCUUUGUUAAUGACAGUGGUGUGUGAGUGUGGGUGGGGACGUGUGUGUGUGUGUGUGUGUGUAUGUAUGUAUGUAUGUAUGUGUAUAUAUGUUCCCUCACCCUGUUAUGAUAACAAGCUAUUGUCUUUCCAAAGGAAUAGUCCCUAGGAGUCACUCUUUAACGCUGUUGCCCUGGUGUCAAGGAAACACCUUUCUAGUACCUCAGUAACAGAUAUUGAAUGUACCGUGCAUACCCUUUUAUUUUUUGUACAGAUUUUCUAGAUACUUCUUUACUGUUCUUUAUCAGAAGGAUGUGAAAUUGUAGCAGUAAUGAUACAAUAAAAAAAAAAAAAAAACAUUGCCCCAUGAA